AUGUCAGAUACUGAUGACGAAACAGAUGAUAGGAAGGAUGAAAUUUCCUCUGAAGCAGUUGCCCAUGUUCGAUAUCUAUACGAUUCCGGUUUCCCUUUUUUCACCAAGGACCGCAUUCGAGGAGUCUACGAGGAGCUUCAGAGAAACGGCCAGCCUGGGAACAAGGUUCGUAUUGAAGGACUAGAUGGGAAGUUCGACCAGUUUAAGAUAAGAAACGGCAUGUAUUGCGAUGAGGAAGAGGGUUUAGAGUACAUAUUCGAGAAGCCGAUUAUUCACUAUGAUUCUAUCCAGGGUCUGUUGGAUCCUGAUAUGGUUGGAUACUGGUCACCUUAUACGAAUAUUCGGAUUUACCAUCAGCUUUUGACCCGAGACAAGUUAACUAAACGAAUAACUAAUCCUGUCUAUGUUACAAGCCUAGAAGAGGUGAGGGUAAGCUUGGGAACUACCCUACAGAUGUGGAAGGCUAGUGAGUCUUGGAAGCAGCUGAAAUACAAGUUCGGGUGCCUCCAAAACCUGAAUAUCAACAAGAUGGUCGCGUUUGCCCUUGGACCUAUUCAGGCAUUCGCCGAGGAGAAACAUAGCAAUCGGUCAUCCUUCCAGCACGCACUUAUCAUAUCACUACAUGAACUACUCCGAGAUGUGUCGAACGGGAGCGAUAUAAAAUGCUAUGCUCAGGAUCCAGCAUAUACCAAGCAUGAUACGGCUAUUCUGGAGACGUUUGGGGUCACGGUUUUGCCCGACCCGGAAGGCUUCUUGGAGGUGGAUGAUUCAACCAUUGUGGUUUCUAUCAGCCCAAAUGUCGCUGUUAAGCAAGUCGUGUCUGACAUCGCUCGACCGGCAAUUAUCAUCUGGAACAGGAUAGAGGAGAUAGACCAACGAUGCACUGACCCAGACUCGCCGCGUCUGAGGACCUGGAUCCUUGCACACUAUGAUUCCUUUGAUUUUCCAGGCGACUGGGAUUACUUUGGAGAUCUUGUUGUGUAUAUUCAACGUCCGAAUUCCACGGAGGGCGACCGUGUCAGUUCUCUAGCUUAA